UAGUAUUGUUUCUAGAGUAGUAUCAAGUGCAAUGUCGUUCAAGUACGCAGUCGUGAUAUUGAUCGGGCUUGCCACGGUGAGUCUAGCUGCACCCCAAAGCAAUUACCCUAAUGGCUUCAAUCCAAACCUACCUGUGAAAAGCGAUCAGGAUCGGUACGAAGCUGUUCCUAAUGGACCUCAAGGAUCCGUGAGAAACAAUGAAAGGAAUCUACGAAAAGUUGACGAUGAAACUCUGGAGCAGAUCCAAGCCAAAUCUGCGCACUACUCUUAUGACUCGUCGAUCACGGAUACGAUCAGUGAUCAAACCGUUCAAAGGCAGGAAACACGUGAAGGACUAGCUCUGAAGGGAAUGUACGCCUACAGUGAUGGGUUCUACAAGCGUGAAGUUCAUUACGUUGCGGACGAUAAGGGUUACCGAGUGGUUAAGGAGAUUUCCACACCCAUUGGAGAUGGACCGCAAGAAGAUCCUAAUGGAAAAGCUGAUGUGUCAUCAUCCCUGUCCGGAUCGUAUUCGAUUACAGCCGACGACAUUGCACGGCCGUUGAACAAGAAGCUUGCGAAAAAGGUGUAAAUGCUAAUUUCAAGUCUAUUUAUUUUUUGUCGUUUUGUACAAAUGGUUUUAAAUCAAAUAAAAUUCAAGCUCGUACACA